UUGAGAAGCCUUCAUUGAGUUAUUCUGUUUCGACCCGGACGGUAAACAUCCACGUACCGGAAAGGAGAGUAGCGUGGACCCAUGGUGGAGGAGCAGAAGUCGUCAAGAUGGACAACAUAACAGAAGGGACGUGGGAAAGUUUACCUGUUAAACUAAACGACAACAUAUUAGAAACGCUCAGAGAAAUGAAGUUUACGCAUAUGACACCAGUACAGUCCGCCUGCAUUCCACUAUUCAUGCGUAAUAAGGAUGUUGCUGCCGAAGCGGUAACUGGCAGUGGGAAGACACUGGCUUUCGUAAUUCCAAUAAUAGAAAUUCUACUAAAAAGAGAAGACAAACUCAAGAAAAUGCAGGUGGGUGCAUUGGUGAUUACUCCCACCAGAGAGUUGGCCCUUCAGAUCAGUGAAGUGUUUGAGGGAUUCCUCCUGAAGUUCCCGCAGUUCAAGCAGAUUUUGUUGAUUGGUGGCAGUAACCCAAUAGAAGACGUGGAGAAGUUCAAAGAACAUGGGGCCAAUAUAAUCAUCGCCACGCCUGGUCGCUUGGAGGACAUGUUCCGCCGGAAGGCUGAUGGACUUGAUCUGUCCAUCCUGGUCAAGACCCUGGACGUGCUGGUCCUGGACGAGGCGGACAGACUCCUGGACAUGGGCUUCGUGGCUAGUCUGAACGUUAUCCUGGCCUUCCUGCCAAAGCAGAGGAGGACGGGCCUGUUCUCGGCCACCCAGACCCAGGAGCUGGAGAAGCUGGUCAGGGCGGGCCUCAGGAACCCCGUACGCAUCACGGUCAAGGAGAAGGGCGUGGCCGCCACCGCCACCCAGAAGACUCCCGCAAGACUCUGCAACUACUACUUUAUUUGUAGAAUUGAGGAGAAGUUCAACAACAUGGUGGCAUUCCUCAAAGAGCGCAUAGAUGAGAAGCAUCUUGUGUUUUUCAGCACAUGCGCGUCAGUGGAGUAUUAUGGCCGCGCGUUGGAGACCCUCUUCAAGAAAGCCGACAUCCGCUGUAUCCACGGCAAGAUGAAAAACAAACGCAACAAGAUCUUCGCGGACUUCCGGGCGCUCGAAAGUGGGAUUCUGGUGUGUACAGACGUCAUGGCCCGAGGAAUCGAUAUCCCUGAUGUCAACUGGGUCUUACAAUACGACCCCCCAAGUAAUGCCAGUGCGUUUGUCCAUCGCUGUGGACGUACAGCACGCAUCGGCAAUCAGGGAAGUGCCCUGGUCUUCCUGUUACCCAUGGAGGAGUCCUAUGUGACCUUCCUGUCCAUCAACCAGAAAUGUCCCCUUGAAAGGAUGGAGCCCAUCGAGGAUGUGAUGGACAUCCUACCCAAGGUGAAGGCCAUGGCCCUGGCCGACCGAGCCAUGUACGACCGGGGAAUGAGAGCCUACGUCUCCAGCGUGCAGGCCUACGCCAAACACGAGUGUAGCCUCAUCUUCAGAGUCAAAGAUCUUGACUUUAGCGCCAUGGCCAAAGGGUUCGCCCUUCUGCGGAUGCCCAAGAUGCCCGAACUUAAGGACAAGUCGUUUCCAGACUUCGUCAGGACGGAUAUCGACACGGACACCAUCCGCUACAAGGACAAGGCCCGGGAGAAGCUGAGGCGGAAGAUGCUGGCCGAGCUGAAGGAGCGCGGGCCGGCCCCGCUGGUCAGGAGGAACGUGGUGAGGAACACGUCGUGGUCCAAGCAGAAGCAGAAGCAGGACCGCAAGAGGAAGAAGUCUGCCAAGAGGCAGCUUGGCGAGGGUUCUGAUGAGGAGGAGGACGAGGACCUGAAGGAGCUCCUGAACGACACCAGGCUGCUGAAGAGGCUCAAGAAGGGAAAGAUAAGCGAGGAAGACUUUAAUAAACAGAUGGAGGACGUACCGCUGAACUCCACCCAGACCGGAUCCCCAAAGGCCACCGACGACGCCUGAGCGAGCGCAUGGCAGACUGCAGCCUUUUGCCUCCUACUCCCACAAAAGACUGACCCACUUUUCAAAUGCACCCAAAUGUUCGUUCUAC